CAAGUAAAAUAAUGAACAAGGAAUUAGUGUACCUUGUUAAAAACUUGAUGGAAUAACUUAUUACCUAUUAUUUUACCUUGUAUACAUAAUACAUAUAUAUAUUAGAUAUGAAUAUAAUAUGUUGAGAAAACUGGCGAAUGUGUGAAAGAGUAAUUGUGGAAAGUACGAAUGAUUUUCGCAUGAUGUAUCUACAUUCAAGAUAAUGAUUAUGAAAUAUUUUUUUUUUAGUAAAGAAUGUGAGAUUUAAAUAUUGUACAGUUUAUUAGUUUUUUUUUCCGUUCGCUCGUCUGUGUGUGAAAAUUUUAUUUUUCUUCCGUUGAGCGACUGCUCCUGGAAAAAGAAAUCUUUCAUUUGGAUCGUUGAUUAAACUGCUACCGUUUAUUACCGCGCAUGUAAGCAAGCGCGAAGAAUAAUAUGACGCAAUUUUCAAUACAUAUAUGUAUUAUUUGAACAAAUGUGCAGAUGGUAUGCAUUAUGAUGUUAAUAUUGGAGCGUUUCCAUCAUGCCAACGUAUGUUGAAUCAUAAUAUAUUGAACAAUUUGUGCGACGAAAUUUGGUGUGAAGUCUCUUAUUCGCCAUUUCAUGCCCCGUUACAUCCGUUAUCUCUACGAUCUCCUGAUAAAGCUACAGUAUACACGAUAGAUAAGCGGAAACCUGAAUAUACCAACUCGCCGUUGGCAUAGAGUCGAUACGACCUCCAAAAUUAUAUAUUCACUUUCUAUACUGCGUAAUUUUUCUCUUUCGAUCAUCCUGUUUCGUACUGUUGUAUCAUUCAGUGGCGACAAGCCUACCAGGAAUCAUUAUAUUAUGAUUCGUCGACUUCGAAAGUUAAUGCCGGUUGCCCCACCUGCGACGGCCUUGGAUGACUUUACUUAUCAUUGGAAACAGCUUAUGAACUUCUAUGUGAACCACCUAACCAACUGCAAAUUGCCUAUCGAAGCUACAAACAUUCCUCAUCACUUGGAUCGGCUGCUUGAAAUUUUGAUCAGCGAGGAGAAUGUAUUGGGUUCAGAGAACCCCGGACCCUGUCUGGAAUACCUGUUACAGCACCGCCUGCUGGAUUUGCUAGCGACAUUAGCCAGUGCCGAAGCACCUCCUGGCAUGAGAUAUGUCUGCUUGUUUUUUCUGAGGAGAUUGUUAACACGGUUGCAGCAUCCACUACUGCCUCACGUUUCGGUUUACACACCAGUUCAGAGACUGAUCGCAUUAUGCAACGGGAGUCUGGCCUCACCAACAGAGAAUGAAGAGAUUCAGUUCUUGGUUGCUCUGUGUUUCUUGAUCUGCAAGCAUCCGAACCUCACCUACAUUAUGAACAAUGUUAGGCUUCCUCCGCAGAAGCAAAACGCAUUGGCCAAUUCUGGUUCAAACAAACUGGAAACACAACAAAUCACGUACGUUCCUACGAGAACAAGGAACAAUUCUAAUCCACUGUUUGAGCCUCUGGACACGCAAGCUGUAACUCUGAUUAAUCCAGAUUUACACAAAUGUGAGAGCAGAAGGAAACUUUCAAGCAAAUCUAGUCAAUGUUCGUUGAGAAGUGAAAACUCGGAGAGGGAUCUCUACAGUGUGCUGGAUAGACAGCUAUCGACUAAUUCAGAUACGGUCGUUAUGGAACACAAAAGAAAAAUCUCAAAUUAUUCUAAUGUUUCGUUAUCAUCAGAUGAGGUAGAUUGUACAUCGCCACAGUCUAGUUCUUAUUUAAAGAAAACCGAUGGCGGUUCAUCUUUGUCAGCCAAUGAAAUGACCAACAAAUAUUUGAAAAAUAGUUCAAACGGGUCCGCAAAUUCCUUGGAAGAGAUCGAAUCUAAACUACAGGAUCUCAGGGAAUUGCAAAUAGAAUUCAAGAGCGAUUCACCUUUCACUGCUGCUUCUUCUGAAUUGGAUAAGGCUGAGGCAAACUACAAGUUUCUUGAGAAUAUUCCUAAACCAACCAAACCUGAAUUUGAUUCAGCUAGUGACGUUUCAACCCGGAAUAAACCCCUGCAAAGUUCUGCGGAUAUUUCAUUGCAAAUUGAAAGUUCGAAGUGCUUGCUACUUGACGCUUUGAUAAGCUAUUUGAAUAGCGCAGAUAACAUGGUCAGAGUUAAGGCUUGCGAAGGAAUAAUGGUUUUGGCCUCAUUGCAAGAUUCACGAUUUGCUCGCAGUGUUGCAAACAGUCAACUACCUUUUGCCUUGUCAAAUAGAUUGGAAAACUUGUUUAAUUUAAUACCAGCCCAUGUCGAUCCGACUGAAAUUGAUGAGGUUAAUGUGACUUGGGGAUUGGAUUCCCCAUUGUGGACCAGUGAAAAUAAAUUUCCAGGAUGCAGACCGGUUGCCGCCUUUUUCAUGUGGCUCGAUUACUGUGAUCAGCUGACUAGAGAGGCGCACUCGAUAGUGGGAGAAAUUCUGGCUGAAAAUAUUCGUGUUAUGUUUUUUCAAAAAAUAUUAACACCAGCACUUUCUGACCAUCAUGUCGUAUUGAUUACAGCACUCGUCACGAAAUGUUUGAAGGAGAUUACCUCACCUUAUCUAAACGCUGAAAUCAAUUACUGGCUUGUGGGCUUUCAUCGGGACCCAGAGUUACCUGGUAUCUUACCAUCCCCCGUUGUGCAUCAGUUGAUAAAAAAUUGCUACACCGACAGCGACGAUUUGACGCUUGAAACACUAAGACUGUUUGAAGAAAUGAUCGAGAGACGGCAUGAGCAUAUUCUCCACUGCCUGAUCCUGACCUAUCUGACUUCCAGAGGAUACUAUGACAAUACCGCCGCGGACAGUGCAAUCGCGUCGUGGAGCGAUGAAGAAGAUGAAAGAGAGAAGAGUAGGGGCACUUUGGACUUGUCGAGUAAACAAAAUUAUAGUAGAACGCUGGCGCCUUCAAACAUACACAGGAUUAUAAAUUGUUUUCUAUCCUUAUUACCGAGGAGCCUUCAGUCGGAUAUAGAUGCAAAUAACUACGAGCAAUACAUGACCGACUGGGAGAAGCAAUAUUCGUCUAUCCUUGUUGAGUGUGCAUUAUUUUCUUGGCCUCUAGAAGCUGUGACAAUCGAUGACACCGCCAGUUCGGAUUCAAGGCCAGAGGCUGACCACUGUUCACCUCGAUUUUAUCCGGGGCCGUUCUUGACCAUGUUAUUUGAGAAAGUUACCAAAAUUCCCAGUCAGAAGUACGAAAUCAAUUUGCAACUGACCGUACUGGUGUCGAAGCUGGCACUCCUACCGCAUCCAUAUGUUCACGAAUAUCUGCUCAAUCCAUUGUUACCCUUGACUCCUGGCACAACGAGCUUGUUUGGCUGCUUGCAACAAGUUGUAAAGCAUCUGGCAGCAGAGGUUCCGAAGAUACCGGACUAUAAACGGUUAUUGAAAGAUACGAGGAAAAAAUUAUUGGAUGAUUCUGUUCAAAGUCAAAUGAAGGAGAGUAUUCUGCUCGAUAGCGUUGUGAUUACUGAAGAAUUUUGCAAAGAGUUAGCAGCGAUCGCAUACGUCAAGUAUCAUCGGUCGAUGUAAAUUAUGUACUUAUUGUAAGUAUUAAAGCUAGUCCGUAAUCUUUUAGAAGAAUAUUAACGUAUGCGAAAAAAGGCCUUAGUAGUUGAAUGUACCAAUCUUUUCGAUUUUUUAUGUUGCUAAAAAUAAAAAAAAGAUUUCUAAUGCAGUAGUGAUCACAGUAAAUGAAAUUAGCUUACUAUGAAAAGUGAAAAAUAUGCUGAAUUCAUGUACCAGCCAAGUGAAAUUCUUUUUCAAAGUUACUUCAAUUACAACCCGCUAUUACAAAUAUCCGAUCAGGUGAUGUAAAAAUAAAAUACGAAAUCACCGUAUGUAAUACGAAUUAUGAACAGGUACUGUUUCAUAUUCGCCAAGAUAUUUAAUUUGGGAAAGUAUUGUCGGAGUCUGAGCGAUAAUAAUCGAUGUUUUUAUUUUGGUCGGUUACAAUGCUAUUACAAAAUGUAGUUCUAAGAUGACAAAGUGAAAUAAUUGACACAUUUUUUUUUUCCAAAAUACAAAAAAAAAAAUGUUUUUUUUUUUUUUUUAGCCGGCAGGACUAGCUAAAUCAGAUAUGCUAACACUUCGUGUACCUUAUUAAGUUUUCUUAAAGUAUAAUUGACGAUGUAAUUUAUCCAUGUCGAAUGGAUAAAUUACCUAAAAAUUCGUACGUACAAAUCAAAGUAUUACAUUCAUGAAAGGCAAUCGUGGCAUGUUCAGCACAAGGUGUAUUGCACCUUCUACAAUGUUUAUUUCCAAUAUGUUCGAUUAAAUAAUAUUAACGUCCCAAAGAUGAUGCUGUGCAUUAUUAUUGUUAUUAUUAUUGUUAGUAUUAUUGUUGUUGUUGUUGUACGUACAAUGAUGACACUGUAUGGAUAUAGGUAUGUAU